AGGAUGCAUUUGACGUGCAUUAGUGGGAAAAUUCAGGAAUUUUCUAAUCUCAGCAUUGGGAGGCGGAGGAAGGAGGAUCAGUUCAAGGUCAUCCUCAGCUACGUGGAGAGUUGGAGGGCAGCCUAGACAUGAAAUCUUGCCUUUCCUGCGCCUGGGCAUCCGAGAAUGGAACGGGGGAACCAGGAGCAUCCAUGGCAUGAGUGAAUCAGUGGCCCCAGGUGGCAAUCAGAAGAGACGGACGCUGUUGCAGUACCUGGGUGACCACUUCUACGACAUCCAGGCUCUGAGGGAGUUCUUGCUCCUGAGGCAGAUGUUGAAACUGAACCGGAAAAAUCGAUCCUUUAUUGGCAUCAACGAGAAAUACGGCCCAUAUGUCACAGGUGCCCUCUUCAUCCUGAAGCUGGGAGGUGCAGUCAAGUUUCAGGAUAAAGAGUGGAUCCGGCCAAAUGAGCGAGGACGUUUCUCUGCUGACUUCCUGGCAUUCCGGGAGGUGCCUGUGGAAGCUGUGGAUGCCAGCGGCUGUGCCAUCAACUACCUGGGUCUGGACAACCUCUCAGUGGCUCUCAAGGAGCUGCAGUCCCUGUCGCUGCAGCGCUGCCCCAAUGUGGACGACUGGUGCCUCAGCCGCCUCUACCCACUGGCUGGCUCACUGCAGGAGCUCUUGCUGGCUGGAUGCCCCCGAGUCUCAGAACGUGGCCUCGCCUGCCUCCACCACCUUCAGAACCUCCGAAGGCUGGACAUCUCAGACCUCCCUGCCGUGUCCCACCCAGGCCUCACUCACAUCCUGGUGGAAGAGAUGCUGCCCCACUGUGAGGUCCUGGGAGCUGACUGGGCCCAGGGCCUGAAGCUGGGGCCGGAGCAGCAGCCUCAAGACACAUCCAGCCCUGUCUCUGCGUAGCCUGCAGCCCCAUUCUGUUGUGAGUGUUUUGUCUCUCCAACUCUGGCUUCUAGUGUUCAUUCAUUCAUCAUGGGGGAGCACUGGCAGAUCAAAGGGAAGGAGACAAGAGCUGGAGUAUUGACUCCUGGCUGCUGUGGCUGAUAGUCGGCUCCUGUCAUCCUGGCAGCUGCCCCUCUCCACGCACAACUGCAGGCAGCUCUGUGGUUCCUCACAUACGCACCCUUUGUCAAAAGGAACCCCCUAAACUGUCUACAUUGAAUGUGCUACCAUCUACAGCGACUGUGGCUGACAUGUGGUACUAUGGCUGACAUGGGGUACCAUGGCUGACAUGGGGCAUCGACGUCUCUUCCCUGUAUGAGACUGGUCAGCACUGACCAUUAAUUUAUUGACUUUCAGCUUCACAGUUUUUUUCUGUUCUGUGGAAACAGCUGAGCCUUUGGGAAUUUUUUCUUUCCAACUUCAUCAGUAGAGGGUGCUGAAGAGAUAGAUGAUCCAAUGGAAAGGUUCUGGCUCCAAGUGCUUGAAGCUUAAGGAAUACAGCUUAGCUGGGUGUCUGGGUGCUGCAGGGCUCCUAGGUGGUCAGCAGCAUACACUGGCACCCCUGUCUGCUGUUCAUGAAUAGUGUCUCCGUGGAGGCCUCUGUCACUCCCUCAUCCCAUGUUACCAGUGAAUCCAUGAUUCCAAUUCACUGUUGAAGUCAGUAAUUCUUUAUAUUAAACUUUCCUGUUUAAA